CACCUGUCGACCUAAAGCCUAACCUAAAGGUUCACUUUUCGGACUAAUAAAAAUCGAUUUAUUCAAAUGUACGGCAAUGAAAUUAAUAGCUAGGACAAACGGUCGUUUGAUUUAGAAGAGUUUUGUUUAGAGUGUAUUGACAGUGUUCGGUGUCAUGCUGCGGGCGGUGUCGCGCCUGUGCUGCGACGGCCAGGCGCUCGAGGCGCUCGCUCGCCGGGAUGCCUACAAACUAUUCCGCUCCGCGGUGCACACUACGUCCACGGCGCACAACACACACAACGCCGCUGCUGAGACGGUGCUGACGACGGCGGCAGCGAGCGAGCCCCCCGCGGCGCCCGCAUGCCCCGCACCGCCCACGCCGCCUCCUCCGCCGCCGCCGCCCCCGCCGCGACGCUCGUGGGUCGCCCUAGCGGCCGCGGUGGCGCUUACCUCUUCACUUGGUGGGGUGUAUUACUUCAGUAAGAUAAAAGAUGACACAACAAAGAAGGAAGUCAAAACAGAGUCAAAGCCGAAAGACGAGCAGGAGGAGGAGGAGGGUCCGCUAUAUCCGGCGAGGGGCGCGGAGUUACCGGCGCACGUAGAGUUCCUAGUGGUGGGCGGCGGCACGGCGGCGUUCGCGGCGCUGCGCGCGCUGCGGGCGGCGCGGCCCGACGCGGCGCUGCUGCUGGCGGGCGCCGAGCGCGCGCCGCCCUACAUGCGGCCGCCGCUCAGCAAGGAGCUGUGGCGCCGCCCCGAGCUGGCCGCCGCCGCCGCCGACCCGCUGUCGCUCGCCUUCACGCAGUACAACGGCAAGCAGCGGCGGCUGGUGUACGAGCCGCUCUCCUUCUACACGCCGCUGGAGAAGCUGCGGGAGGGCGGCGCGGGGGCGGGGCUGGCGCGGGGCUGGCGGGUCACCCGCCUGGACCUGGCCGCGCGCAGCGCCCGCCUCAGCGCGCCCGGCCAGGAGCCCGCCACCGUCACCUUCGACAAGUGCCUCAUAGCUACUGGUUCGGUGGCGAAGCGGCUGCCCGCGCUGGCGCCGGCGGCGGCGGCGGGGCGCGCGCUCACGCUGCACUCGGUGCGCGACGUCGCCAGGCUGGCGCGCGUGCUAGAGGAGUCCGGCACGACGCGCGUGGCGGUGGUGGGCGCCGGGCUGCUGGCCGCCGAGCUGGCGGCGUCGCUGGCCGAGCGCGUGCGGGGCUCGGCGGUGGAGGUGGUGCAGCUGUGCCGCGAGCGCGCGCCGCUGGAGGAGCUGCUGCCGCCGUACCUGGCGGCCGACGCGGCGCGCCGUCUCAGGGCGCAAGGCGUCACGCUACUGCCCGACCGUGAGAUAUCAUCGUGCUCGAUGAAGGAGGGGCGGGUGCACAUGCAGCUACGGCCGGCGGGGGGGGAGGCGGCGGGGGUGGAGGCGGAGCUGGCGGCCGACGUGGUGGUGGAGUGCGUGGGCGCCGACCCCGGCGUGGAGCUCGCGGAGCCCGCCGGACUCGAGCUACACCCACUACUUGGUAUGCACAUGCAGCUGCGGCCGGCGGCGGGGGUGGAGGGGGAGCUGGCGGCCGACGUGGUGGUGGAGUGCGUGGGCGCCGACCCCGGCGUGGAGCUCGCGGAGCCCGCCGGACUCGAGCUACACCCACUACUUGGCGGUAUCGUGGUGAACGCGGAGCUGCAGGCGCGCAGCAACGUGUGGGCGGCGGGCGACGUGGCGUGCUUCCACGACGUGACGCUCGGGCGGCGCCGCGUGACGCACCACGACCACGCCGUGCUGUCCGGGCGGCGCGCCGCGCAGAACAUGGCCGGCGACCGCCAGCCCGAGCCCUACACGCACCAGAGCAUGUUCUGGAGCGACCUGGGCCCGCAGCUGGGCUACGAGGCGAUCGGCAUCGUCGACUCACGGCUUCCGACAGUCGGCGUGUUUUCGUCCGACGCCGUGAGCGACGCGUCGGCGGCGGCGACGGUCACGGAGACGGCGGCGGCGGCGGCGGCGGACGGCACGCUCGUCGUUGAAGCGCCGACGCCGGAGAACGCCGCGCCGACGGACAAGCGCUACGAGCGCGGCGUCGUGUUCUACCUGCGCGAGCGGCGCGUCGUCGGCGUGCUGCUCUGGAACCUCUUCAACCGCAUGCACGUCGCCCGACAGGUGCUGGCGCAGGGCGAGUUCGAGGACCUGUUCGAGGUGGCCAAGCUGUUCGCGCCGCACGACGAGGACUAGCCGCCGUGACGUCACGCGCUGCACCGCCCGCCCGCCCGCCUCUCUGUACAUAUUACAUACUACUUCAAUAAACA